CACUCUUUAAAGUGUAUUCGAUCCAGAUGAAGGUUUUUGUAGUCUUGUUCUUGGCAAUUGCCACCGUUUCUGGUGAUGUCCUGCCCCAGGACACUCCAGAACAUCCCCGUGAUAGCGUAGCUGUUCGGUCCAUAGAUGGUCGCAUUACCAAUGGAAACAAGGCAGCUGCUAACCAGUUUCCCUACCAGGUGGGACUCAGUUUUAAGGGAUCGGCUGGCAGUUGGUGGUGCGGUGGUUCAAUAAUAGCGAAUACAUGGGUUCUAACUGCUGCCCAUUGCACCAAAGGAGCCACAUCCGUGACCAUCUACUAUGGAUCCACCGUUCGCACCAGUGCCAAACUAAAGAAAACGGUCUCCAGCUCCAAGUUUGUGCAGCAUGCCAGCUACAAUGCGGCCACUUUGCGCAACGACAUCUCCCUGAUCAAGACUCCAUCCGUGACUUUUACGGCUUCCAUAAAUAAGAUUGCCCUGCCCGCCAUUGCCAGCAGUUACUCCACCUACGCCGGACAGACUGCAGUGGCUUCCGGAUGGGGCAGGACCUCCGAUUCCAGCACUGCCGUUGCCGCGAACCUUCAAUACGCAGAAUUUCAGGUCAUUACCAAUGCUGUGUGUCAGCAGACCUAUGGGUCAUCUGUGGUUACCAGUGGAGUGAUCUGCGUGUCCUCAAUCAACAAGAAGUCGACCUGUCAGGGCGAUUCCGGCGGUCCAUUGGCUGUGAACAAUAGACUAAUUGGUGUGACCUCGUUUGUGUCCUCCAAGGGAUGUGAGAAAAAUGCGCCUGCUGGUUUCACUCGCGUCACCAGCUAUCUGGAUUGGAUCAAGAACCAGUCCGGCGUGUUUUAUUAGCCAAAAUCAGCCAAACAGUCCAGUUUUCAUAUUCCUGAAAAGAAUUGCCUAUUUUUGAAUGAACUCAACUGCGCAAUCCGAAUUGUAACUGAUUAUGUUUUUUAUGUUGGACAUACCCCUAUCUUGUUCUUAUCUAAAACAAAUAUGUUGAGUAUUAAUUACGUAAUAAGGAACCUUUUUAUUCAUUGCAUACAAACAAAUACCAAGCAUU